AUGUCUGUCUUUCGUUUCUUUUUCUUUUUUUCUCUCUCAUUCGUUCUCUUUCUUUCUCUUUCUUUCUCUUUCUUUCGUUUCCUUUUCUCUUUCUUUAUUUUUUUUUCUUUUCUUUUUAUUCUUUCUUUUUUCUUUCUUUUUUCUCUUUCUCUUUCUUUAUUUUCCUUCCUUUCUUUUUUCCUUUUUUCUCUUCUUUUUCUUUUUUUCUUUCUUUUUCUCUUUUUUUCUCUCUUUUUUCUUUCUAUUUCUUUCUCCGUUUUCUUUUCUUUCUUUUCUUUCUUUUUCUUUUUCUUUAUUUUUUUUUUUUCGUUUUUUCUUCUUUUUUUCAUUCCCAAAUUUUUUUUUUUUUUCUUUUUUUCCCUUUUCUUUUCUUUCUCUUUUUUUUCUCUUUUUUAUCUCUUUUCUUUCUUUUCUUUUCUUUCUUUCUUUUUCUUUUUCUUUCUUUCUUUUUUUUUUCUUUUUUUUUUUUCUUUCUUUUUUCUUUCUUUUUCUUCCAUUUUUUUCACUAUUUUCUUUCUUUCUUUUUUCACUCUUUUUCUUUUCUUUUUUCUUUUCUUCUUUAUUUUCUUCUUUCAUCUUAAUAUUUAUCUUUCUUUUUUCGUUCUUUCUUCCUUUUUUCUCUCUCUCUCUCUCUCUUCAAAUCUCUCUAUUUAUCUUCCUUUUUUAAAUUUUUCUAUCACAUUUCCCCUUCUUUUUAGAUGGACGGGAAAAGAACCAACAGCAAACGAGACAUAA